AUGGAGAACAUCAAAACUAUCAUCAAGGUAGUACAAGAUGAUCGAGGUUGUAAUGCACAACUGUCUGAGUUCUGUGGGCAUUCUGCUGAUUCCAGAGAGGGGUAUGCUGAACUAUUCCUCUUCGUGUCACUGUUGGCCUUAAAAGUCCAUCUAUUCCGUGGCACCUCAAGUUCCUCAGCGGCAGAUUUCUGGACUGGUGAGCUCAAUGUUGUUCAAGUAAAGCUUCUGGUGCUCCCUGUUGGUUACUGUGAUCAUCUGGUUUGUGUGGUGUGUGCGAAGUAUCAUUCUGUUGGGAAGCCGGCUGAGGUCAUUGAACAUGAGAGGCGCUGGGAUGGAUUCCGCAGCCGGAGUGUAGGCAGUAGCAGAAGGAAGUUUGUUCCUGAUGUGGAUCAUCCCACGGUCAUCUCCACGGACCCACCAUUGUCUUAUCAAGCACCAAGUGGACUGAUGACAAUAGCUCGUGCGAACAUUCGGCCUAGGGCCCGGACAUUUGGGGUCUUUCAUCGGGCUGGACAUCUGCCCCCAACCUUGUCACCCGGCACCUGUGCAUGCACAACCGGGCCAGAGGCUUCAUGUAUCCCCUCUCCUCUCUUAUUUCGUGGAACACUAUAUAUAGACCCGCUCCAUCUAGUUAGGAUCAGCCAACAUUAUGAUGAAUUAAAGGGGAGCUUUGCUCAUCUACCCUUCUCUUGGAGAAUCAAGACCUCUUGGAGAAGAUCCCUCGAGGAUAUUGGCCUCCUUAAGGAGAAGAUCCCCCAAGUGGAUAUCAACACCUCAACUUCUUCAAGGAUUGGGAUGAACUAUGUUGCAGGUGGAUCUAGCUUCUUCACACCAACCCCACCAUUUCCAUGCACGAAAUUUGUCCAAUUUUGGCAAAAAAGAAUUCUUCUCCAAGGUCAUCUCCCCGAGAGUUCUUCCACGGAUCUCAGCAGCCAAAAAUCCGGCCCGACGCCUGGACAUCCGACACGUCGCAGCCAACACCUCCACCUUUCCCAAUUUUGGCCGUUUUCCCAACAUGAUGAGGACAUCAAUACCACAAUUACACUCAUGACCCCUGCUGUUACAUACAUGGGACUAAUCACUAGAGCUCGCGCACGCCAAUUAAAUUACCAGGUACUUUCGUUUUUUGGUAACGAUUCUAAUGUUCAUGAGAAUACGAUGCUGUCCAAAUUAGAUACAUUUGUUUUGCUUACAAAUGAAGUGCCUAGCUUACACAAGAGGGAUGAACAUUGGAGCAUGAUCAAGCAUGGAGAUGAUGACAUGCGCAAGGGGAACAAGAACAGAGUUUUUGGUGGAGUUUUCAGCAUUUUUGAGCCACCAUGAUGACGUACAAGUGCAUGGACGAAAUAUGCAAGAUGUCCUUUUAUAAAUUUCGUCCAUAGCUUAAUAUAGGUGCUGCACCACCUUAUUUUUGGGCUAGGUCCAUGUAAUUUCGAAAUACUACAUAUAUGCUAUUUUUAGAGUCUGUAUUAU